AUGUUACCAUAUGCUUUAUUGGGUUAUCGAACGACUGUCAGAACGUCGACUGGGCCUACGCCAUACUUGCUAGUGUAUGGAACGGAAGCAGUCAUACCUGCUGAAGUCGAGAUAUUGUCUUUGAGAAUUAUCCAAGAAGCUGAGUUAAGUAACACUGAAUGGGUUAGCAAGCGGAUUGAUCAACUAACCUUGAUUGAUGAGAACAGAAUGGUUGCCGUCUGUCAUGGUCAAUUAUAUAGGCAGAGAAUGGUUCGUGCCUUUCACAAAAGAGUAAGAGCCAGAAUUUUCGAAGUAGGUCAGUUGGUUUUUAAGCGUAUUUUUCCUCAUCAAGACGAGUACAAAGAAAAGUUCACACCAAACUGGCAAGGUCCUUGCAUGAUUCGUAAAGUAUUAUCUGGAUGUCCUUUGGUCCUAUCGGAGAUGGAUGGCACCGUAUGGCCUAAACCUAUCAACUCGGAUGCUGUCAAGAGAUACUACGUGUUAAGCUUUGGUUUGAUUUCUGUUAUUUACUUGUAA